CUAAUUAGCAGGAAUAAAGAGCCAAGUGUUUUUUCCUCCCCUCAGUGAUCAGAACUCAUUCUACCUCUGGAGCUCGCACAAACCCCUCCGUCCCCAUCUCUUCUGUUUACUACAACCUCUGUAUGUAGCUUUAAUUACACUGUUGUUUGGAAACAACUUGGACCCCGCUGCUCCCUCUCUCUCUCCCCCACCUUUCUUUUUCCCGAUUUUUCUCUUCUUGGCUCCGUUAAAACACAGCAAAGGAUCAUUCAUAAGGAAUGAGCGGAGACUCCAUGAGAUUGCUUUCUGGACUACUACAUAUUCAGCGCGCGGAGCUUUGUGCCGGAGUAGCUGCAGAAAUGUGGUCUGGUAAUGUGCGGCAGCUGUAGCCUUUGGUAUGGACACCAGUGAGGGAGGAGGAGGGGAUGGAGGGGGGGGAGAAGAGAGAGAUGCUGACCUCAGUCCCCAGGCUAUAUCUCUUCCUCUCCUGACCCUGGAAGUCAUUCCUGAGCAGGGGUCAUCCUCUCAUACCUCAGCUAGGACCCCUGCCAAAGAAUCCCUGACCCCGCCUCAACAGGGGAAGAAGGGCGCAGAGGGGUCCAAGGCUGGAGAGGGAGGUGAGCAGAAAGAAGAAUACCAACAUCCGCCGGAGACAGGAGUGCAUCAAAAGCAUGCGUUUAAAGAAGACUUUGGGGAUGGAUAUUCAUCAGGGCACAGGAAAGAAGAAGAGAAGGUGCAUGAAGGUGUGGUAGAGGCAUCACAUACACGGGACCUCCCAACGGCACUCAGCAGCAGAGGCAUGGAGGAGGGGAAGGAAAAGGAGGAGGCCAUUUCAAACCAAAGUCAAACCAAAUCCAAAUGUUCUUUAUUACCUCAACAGAGCCAGUACAGCUCUUCUUCCAGCACUGCAAAGGCCAGUGGCACACUCGACAGCAAAACAGCCGCCUCUCCAAAGUCCUCCCAUACUCCCUCCUCUUGUCCAAAGCCCUUCCCCUUUUCUUCAGUCUCUCCAAAGCACUUCAGUUGUCCAUCAUCCUCUUCUGCCCUGCUGAGCGAGACAGAGUUAAAAGACAUUAAGGGAGAUCAGGGCUGGAUUUCUGGGUUUCCACAAAGCUUUAGAUCCCAGCAGUCUUCUAUGGCUUUUCCACUAGCAGGUACAGAUCCUGUUGGUGCACCUGCAGAGGAUGAUGUGCUGGCAGGGGUUCCUCACUCUUCUAUUUCUACUGGAAAUGGUGCCAAAGCUCCAGAACCAAACGACAGUCAGUUAGACACAGGGGUGGAUGAUGAAAAAGACAAAGAAGAACAAAAAGAAGGUGUCCUAAAAAACCUCAACCAAGACAUUUCUAAUAACUCCCUGACCAGUCACAUGACAAUAAUGCACUCACGCAAUUCUUGCAAGACUCUCAAAUGCCCAAAGUGUAACUGGCACUACAAGUCUCAGCAUACACUACAAGUUCACAUGAAGGAGAAACAUCCAGAGACAGGAGGCCAGUGUGUGUGUGGCACCUCUGGGGGAAAAUGUGUCUGUGGUGGCGGAACACAAGGUCUGUGUGGGUACUGCACUUCGGGAAAACCCCAUCCUCGUUUGGCCCGAGGUGAAACAUAUGCCUGCGGCUACAAGCCCUACCGCUGUGAGGUCUGUGACUAUGCUACUUCAUCGAAGGGCAACCUUAGCAUUCACAUGCAAUCUGAUAAACAUCUAAAUAAUGUUCAAAAUGGGGGACAUGCAAAUAGUCAAAUGCAAAGCACUCUCAGUACCAACAACAGCAACUCAUCCAGUGGUCACCCAGUAGAUGAGCAACCUUACAGCAAGCUCACCCUCACUAUUCCAACAACCACAGCCCAGCCUGCUAAAAUCCCAUCACCUGCUCACUCCCACUCUCAUGGUAAGCGGUGGCGAUGUGAUGUAUGCGACUAUGAAACCAGCAUUGCUCGCAACCUCCGCAUACACACCACUAGUGAGAAACACACGCACAACAUGCUGCGGCUCCAGAGAGGGUACUACCUGUCACACUGCAGGGGUUUGGCCCCACAUCUCAAACACCUACAAAACACAGGUGCUGAGCUUACCUUGAACAUGCGACUGACUGGUCAGCAGGUUCCAGAACAACCAGUCACACUUGGGUCUACUCUCACUCCAUCACCCUCUCCCUCCCCAUCUCCUCCCCCAGCCCCGUCUAUGUCUCCUACUGCACCCCUCUCCCAGGGCGUGUUCCAAUGCCUUGUCUGCUUGUGCUUUUCUUCCGACAGCUUAGAGUCUGUAGAGAAACACCUGAAUGCUCCCCGCUCUUUGCCUCAGUCUGAGUGGUGCUCCCUUGUUGCAGGUGGUUGCCACUGCAGACUGUGUGGCUAUACCACCCCUUUGAGGGCCAAUUUCUCCUUACACUGCCAGACUGACAGACAUCGCACCCGGUACCAGCUUGCUGCUCAUCUACAGGAGGGCGGAGACAGAGGUCAGGAGGGAGCCUCCCUCAUUGCUAAGGGUAACCCCAUCCAGCUACGGUGCAACCUAUGUGACUUGGUAACAAGCAGUCUGGAGAAGCUACAGGGACAUUCUCUCACUUCACAACAUGGAGCGAGCUUUCGAGUGUACAAAUUCCUGCAGCAGUAUGAUGGCGAGGUUGAUGGAGGUUCAUGGCUAUUCCAUUGUCUUCUAUGCAACCACUCCUCCUCUUCUAAACUUCAAGUACUUAAACACAGUCAAACGUCAGCCCAUCAACAAAGAGAAGGGCUACUUCAGCUGCAGCCAAUGGGUGGGGAAGAGCUGGCAGCCAUUUUUACCAUCAGAAAAUGCCAACGUGGCAUCACAGGAGAGCUUAUUGAGGACAUGGAGAGUUUCAGCGAGAGCAGCACUGAUCCCUUGGACACAACCAAAGACACAAGUAAUUUAGGGGCAAAGAUUUCUGAGGAAGCAGCAAAAGCAAAAGAAGAACAAGAAAGAAGAGAUCCAAUGCCUCCAGCAAAGCGGUCGUCCCCUGUAUAUGAAGAAAUGGAAACCUCCAUCCCAACCAAACGCCCCAGAAUACACCAGCAAAACGAGAACCAGCAGACUGUCCAAUGCCCAUUGUGCCAGGUUAGACUCCCGUGCUCACACCUUCGACCUCAUCUAACACACGUGCACAGUGUGGCGCAAGACUGCGUAGACAAGCUCAUCAGUACGGUAACACUAUCCAUGGAACAGCUUGAGCCUCUGCUGGAGUCAGAACCACAGGAUUUGAUUACUAACAACGAUCAGAACACUAAAACUAAGAAGAGCAAUGAUGCAAAGUGCUCCCAUACUGCAGAGUCUAUUGUUUGUUCACAAAAAAAUAGAGGUAUCUUAGUAGAGAAUACCGAGGGAGAUGUUGCCGCACCCAAAGAUGUCACAGCACUGCUCACCCCACCCCUAGAAGACAACGCCAGUCACCCCUCAAAUGGCACUCUGGCUCCUCAGUCCCCAACUCAGACACCUCCUUCCUCUCCACCCAUCUCCCCUCCCAGCGACCCCUCUCCCCUAUCGGAUCGUCAUGGUUACCGGUUUCGUUGCAGCAGGUGCAGCUUGGCGUUUCCCACUCAGGAGAAGCUCCAGCUGCACUGGCAGUACCAUGCCAUGAGGGCGGCGACAGAGUGCCCCCUUUGUUCUAGACAAUGCCGCAGUCAGGAGGCCCUGCAGAGACACAUUCAAAACACGCACACGCAACAGGACAGCACACAGGGACAGAAUGCUCUCUUAGCACCACACACUGUGCCAUAUACGGAACAUAACAUGAAUUCAGUACAGCAAGAUUGCAGUUUAUCACCUCAAGUUGGGGAAGAAGCAGGAGAGGGUGAUGAUGACAAGAUAGAUGAAGAAACCCUUGGCAUUGAGGUGAGGGAAGAACAAAAAGAAGAUAAAGUUAAAGAGAAGGAGGUUGUCCAUGAAGCUAAUGAAGCUGAGGAGAAUUCAACUGAGCUUGAGAAAGGAUCACCAGAGGAGGUUGUUUCAGAACCUAGUUCUAGCCUUCUAGUGAAGAAGAGCUCAAACCCAACAAUGGAUCGUUAUCUAGAUCCAUCCAGGCCUUAUAAAUGCACCAUAUGCUCUGAAUCUUUUACUCAGAAAACAAUUCUUCUGGUGCAUUAUAAUUCUGUAUCUCAUCUCCAUCGUGCCAGAAGAGCCCUGCAAGACUCUGGUACAAAUUCUACAGCUCCCGAGGCCCCUCGUGGCCCAGAUCCUAGACCUUAUCGCUGCCGAUUAUGUGGAGUAGGUUAUAGCCAGAGUUCUACACUGGACAUACAUCUUCGCUCUGUUCUUCAUCAGACUCGAGCUCGUGCUGCUCAGAACUCAACAACACAGACUUCAGAGUCAAGCUUAGCUCUUCCAGGGUCAGUCUCUUCUUCCACUGCCCAGGUUGCCGCUACCAGAGAGGAAACAUCCAAAAGUUUGCCUAUUGCCAAAAACCCAGAUGGGAUAAGUGUUUCAACGUCAUCUUUAGUAGGCUCUAGCUUAUUCACUGAGACUCAACCCACCCUCUCUGACCCAGCAGAGUCUCAGCAAGCAAAAAAGAGAGUGGCAGAGCUUCUUGCAUCAAGAAAUCAAUUGAUGUUACUACAGCAGCAACAGCUAGCUCAGGCACAGGUCCAGGCUCAACUGCAACAGCAAACAGCACUCCUUCAGUCCCAGGCAAUCCAUCACCUUCCCUUAGGACCAGAAAAUCUCUUUAAACAGCACUUUUCACUGGCACCAGAUAACCUGCUUUCCCUUCAACAACAACUACUCCUACCAUUUUACUUGUCAGACGUGAAGCUUAACCCAGAGUUAAGUGUGAAGUACCAAGAUCUGGGUCUCGAAAUAUCUUCUAAAGUCAUUCCAGAAGAACAGACUAAGACAAAUUCUAAAAGGGAGUCCGAGUCAGAGCAGAAACCCAACCCCAAACAAAGUUCAAAUACUACUGUUAACCAGUCAACUGACCAUUCACUAAGUAAAGCAAACGUUGAUGUGAUCUGCAGUGGGUCCUCCAACAAGCAGAAUAAAACAGAAAUGGAACAAGAUAGUUUCAUUGUUAAGGAAGAAACAGAUGAGCUACAUGUGGAAAAGGAGAAUCAGAAGCAGGAAGUAGCUUGUUCCUCAUUUACUCAUCUUGGAUCAGAAUGUCCCCCUCCAAGAGUGCCCUAUGCUGCAGCGAAUGGGGAGCCUCUACGAGCUUUGCUCCAGAGUUAUGGCUAUGAGCUGGCCCUUCAGUAUCUACAAAGCAGACACAGACACCAGCUGCAGAUUAUACAACAUGCUGACAUAAGCAAGAUGGGAGAGUAUUCAGACCAGGAAAAAAGUGAAUUUAGUCUUGCACAGACUGAAAAAAUGGAAGGAUGGAAUAACAAUUGUCAAGGGACAGAAAGCAACAAAGACAUAGAUUUGAAAAUACAAAAUAAAGAUUAUUUAUUUCCAAACACAAAGCAAAAAUGUUGUGAAACUGGAGAAAAGUGCAUAAACUGUGGCAAACUGUUUUCUAAUGCCUUGAUUUUAAAAAGCCACCAGGAGUAUCUUCACAGAAUGUUUUUUCCCACAGAUGCUCUGGAGAAAUUUUCCAAAGAAUAUAGACUACAGUAUGACCAGAUGUAUCCCCUUACCGAGCAUAAAUUGGCAGAGAACUCAGCUGUUUCCACCCAAGCUGCAUCUUCUAGUAUAGGUAAAGAACCAGAAAUCCCAACAGACUCUAAGACUCAUGUGAAAAAACUGGAAUCUUCACCAAUUCCACCAUUUUCAGAUCCAAUAAAUAAAGUAAGUGCCACAACAAAAGAUCAGAAAACAACUGUCUCUGCUGUUACAACUCAGUCUUCCCCUUCUCAGUCACAAGAGCCUAAACAGCAAGAGGUUCCAAUCCCGGAUAUAUCUGGUACAGCUACAUCUCAUUCUACAACUCCAAUAACUCUACCAUUGCCUAAAAUACCCAUGCUUCCUCUUUCCUUGUCUCAGCUUUCCAUACCCCCAUUGUCCAUACCGAAGCUUCCUCUUCCACCAAUUCCUUUUCCCAUGGAGCUACCACUCCUUCCACCUGUUGUGAUGCAGUCUAUGGCUCUCCAAACUCAACCGUGGUUAGACUCAACCAUUAACCCAGAGCUGGCUAAACUUUACCAAUCUCAGCUUAACUCAGCACUCAUUGGGCAACAGCCACAGCUUAGCCCAGCUUUGCUUACCCAGCCACCUCAACCCAGCUCAGCUUUGUUAAGCCAUUCUCCACAGCUUAACACAAGUUUGCUUGGUCAACCACAGCAUAGUCAAACAGGACAGCAAAGCCAAGUUAGCCCAUGCACACCAGAGCACCACCAGGCUAAAAGAACCAGGACAAGAAUAUCUGAAGAUCAAUUGUCUGUUUUAAAGAAACACUUUGAUAUUAAUAGUCUUCCCAGUGAUGAAGAGAUCAACCAGAUGUCUACUCUAUCAGGUUUGCCUCACAAAGUAAUUAAACACUGGUUUCGCAACACACUAUUUAAAGAGCGCCAGCGAGACAAGGAUUCUCCUUACAAUUUUAACAAUCCCCCAACCACAGCACUGGAUGAUUCCAGAGAAGAUAUAACCAAAAAGCAGUGUUUGACCCUUUCUCCAUGUUCACUUUCUCCAGCCCUUUCUACAAACCCUUCCCCACAACACCAGAUGAUAGAAGAGCCGCAGAGAGGCAGACGCUCUUCCAGAACUCGUUUUACAGAACAACAGCUGGAGACUCUACAGGGGGUGUUUGAGGCCACCCCUUACCCCAGAGAGGAAGAAUAUGACAGGUUGUCUGCUCUCUUGUCCCUUCCUAACAGAGUUAUUGUUGUAUGGUUCCAAAAUGCAAGACAGAGAGCUCGCAAGAAUCAAGACCGUGGAUCAGAUGAUGGAGCAGAGGGAAAGAGCAAUCUUGACAACAUCAACAGACAAAGAGAUGGUUGUUACAUGACUAAUGCUGAUCAUCAGGAUAACAGCUAUGAAGAUGGAGAACAAGUAAACCCUCAUAAUGAAAAUUCAAUGGAUUUGACAUAUGAGUAUUACUCCCACCCUGAUUCACCUUCCCUUGAUUCUUCCAUUCACUGCUCAGACAAUGAGCCUCACACAACCAAAAGUGAGCAAACAUCUGCUACAAAAAACCAUGAAGAUAAAAUAACCUCUACUCAGGCUAACAUGAGCCCAGCUUCGGUGAACAGUCAAAGUACACCUUUAGAUGCAGAUGCACAACACAAAGAAGUCCUUCAGACUUUAAAAACAGUAUCUGAUUCACCACCCGGAAAUCUGGCAGAAAUACCCCAGAAUUGUGUUGCAUCCACUUUACAAAAUAGUACAACACAAAUCUUGACUAAUGCUAAAUCAGACCAGGAGACUCCAUGCAGUCCUUCAAGAACCCAACCUUGUGAAAAGGUUGCUGACCCAUCACCAAGCCCCUCCACUGCUACAGAAUCAGAAACAAUUCAGCCUUGGACACCUGAUACAACAGCUUGCCUAUCAACUGAAACCCAGCCUCAACCCCCAGCAAAAUUCCAGUGUAGUCUCUGCCCAAUGGCUUUGCCAUCCUUUCAGCUGUGGCAAGAACACCAGACUAGGCAUCUCCUGGCAGCUCAGUCCCAGGUACAACUUUUACAUUCUGGAUUCACAGACCGACCCAUGCCUUACAUGAUGCUUCAUCCAAACCCAACUUUAAUGGCAAGUCAAAUGCUUUCAGGGGCCAUGUCCCAGAUACAUCCCAAUCCCACACAUCCCAUGAUUUCACACUUGAACAAUAUCCAAAUUAAGAACACAUUCUCUGAUCACUCUAGCAACACCCUUAACAAUUCUUUGAGCCCCACAAAGCAGAGUUCAAAACAUAUAUCAGAGACUAGUUUUGAAGGCCAAAGAAGCAAUAGGGAGGUCGAAGAUGAGCACAGGAGGGAUAAACGUCAGAGAACUACCAUCACUCCAGAACAGCUUGAAGUGUUAUACCAGAGGUACAGUUUGGACUCUAACCCCACCAGAGGAGUCCUUGAGAGUAUUGCACGAGAUGUGGGUCUCACAAGACGUGUAGUUCAGGUAUGGUUUCAGAACACACGGGCAAGAGAAAGAAAAGGACAGUUUCGGUCAGUGGGGCCAGGAUCAAGUUUCACCUUGGGUUUGAACCACCUGCGUUGCCCAUUCUGCAGAGCUCUUUUCAAAGUUAAGAGUGCUCUUGAUGCUCAUAUGAGAUCACGCCACUGGGCAGAGGCUGAAAGAGCAGGCUACAACCUAUCAAUAGCCAAUGGAUCCAGUGGACAGACUGUGAUGGCGAUGACAUCUGCCACAGAAAGACCAGGUCCGUCUAUCUCCUCCACCCCUAUCCACAACCCUGGCUAUGACAUGAUUAACAAAGAGUUUAGCUUGAAGCCACCAAUGGCUUCUUUUUCUUCUUCCGCCAACCUGAAAAAUGCAGAAGAAGAGGAUGAAUAUGAGGAUGAUGAUGACGACUACCCAUGUGAAGAGAGCUCCAGUAUGGUUGACCAAGGUUCUUCAAGCCCUGAAAUAUCUGGAGAUCAAGGCUCAGAUUGGAGUGAGACACAAAGUCAGCAGCAGCACCACCACCAUCAGCAGCAGCGCCAAAGGACACAGAUGAGUCACUUCCAGGUACUUCAGCUAAAAAACUUCUACAGUAACCACCGCACACCAAACCGUAUUGAGUGUGAAACGUUGGGCCAAGAGUUGGGAUUGCCCCCACGUGUGGUCCAGGUGUGGUUCCAGAAUGCCAGAGCGAAGGAGAAGAGAGCCAGGAGUUUGACCUCUGACACUGCUGAGAGGGAACAAGCUGAGCUUUCAGCUAGAGCAGGGGAGAGAGACCGGGCUUAGAAAGGCAGACUGCUUCUUUCAAAUAUGUUCCCAGCAAAAGCCCUCCUCCAACUUCUGACUCCACAGAUACCGCAUUGAGUCUACUGUCUACUUGCUGCCAAACCAAUAACCUGAACACCCCAAAGAUGCAGAGCCACAGUGGCCCAAAGAGAAACUCUCUCAACUAGUACAGGAGAGCCCAAACCAAGUCCUCUUUACCAGAGCUUUUCUCUUUUCAUAUUACUCCUUAACUAUUCCCCAGUCUGUCCUUUCUUGUUGAAACAAGCUCUUCUCCAGUAUCCUUAUUACACCAAACUCCAUCUUUAUAUGAAAAAAAGAAAAAAACACCAUGCCACAGAGGCCAAAGAGCAUUCUUCAAGUAUGUGACCUCACUGCCCAGCUAGACCUGCAGUCUACCUCUCAGUCUGCAUGACAGACUCACAGUGGGCCCUCCACCGGACAUUGCUAGAUAACUAGCUGUGUAGCAUGUAGUUCCAGUCUGGUCAAGGUUGGAAAAUAAAUUCUUAAAGAGAUUUUAGUGUAAAUAGAGACCUCCAAAAAAAAACAAAAAAAAAACUUGAAGAAAAGAAAGCAGUGGAAAUGGAAGAAGGAAAAUUAACUGAAUAAUAUCCUUGAAAUACCUGUGGGUAUUUGCAUAGAGCUUUUGUAAAGACUGUCUCAGAUUCCAAAGCUCAUAACCAAAAUUUUAUAUGUCUGUUUAUUUAGUUUAAACAUGUUUGUUUUCAGUAACAAACUGCAGAGCGGACGUCUGUAUGGUGAGAGGGUGAGAUCUGCAGCUGUCAGAGGUAAUGUGAGUACCAACAGACUGAUGUGGUGCUAUAAUACCACUUCACCCUCCCAAAAGCCAAUGAUAAGUCUUCUGUUGUACAUGUGACUCCUUGUAUGUUCCUUUAGUGGAUAACAGCCCAAAUAGCACAGUAUGUAAAGGCCAGUUUGUCCCAAAAGGGGUAAACUAUUUUUUAUAGCACUCAACCAUUAUACUGUAUAUGAAAACUCUAACCAAACUCGAAUUUACAUUGUGUGUGUUUAGUAAUAGUUUCUUAAUAUAAAAUCUUAUGGAUUGACACAAACUGUCUUGCUUCAAUAUAACUGUGUCAUGAUGAUGAAAAGAUUAAGACAAGCUUUCAUAUGUUCAGGUAAGGUAAAUUACUGCCUUUCCAUUUUAUUUGAAUAUACCAAUGGCUUAACAAUGUUAUGUGAUUAAUGUAAAGCUUUCUAUGCUCAGAUCAAAAUGGCUCCUCCUUAGAUGUGAUCCUCAAACUGUAAUAAUCUGUUUCUAAAACAAAAGAAGCCUAUAGUUAUAACUUGGACAAACCAUUUCAGGAAAUCUUCACAAACACCUGUGCAUUUCAAAGAUCUGAGCUUUUCACCUAUGGGUGAUAGAUUGUUACAAAAAACUAUUAAAACUAAAGUGUUUAAUAAUGUGAGGGGUAAAUGUACAGUAUUUAGCUUUUGUAUGGUUGACUCGAGACUUCAUUGGAUGUUUGACAUGUAGCUCUCUUUUCCACAUGUACUGAGCUUUUCUGCAAAGUUGAGGGGGGAAAAAACCCACUUUGGAUGUUAUUAAUGUUAUUUUUGUACUUUUAAUUUAUUCGUCUCCUCCCUACAUGCCUGAUUUUUGUUUUUUCUCUCUGUUUAUUUUCUACCAGUCCUUAUUCUACCUGUAAUAAUGAUAAUAUAACAAUAAUAGCUAAACAAUAAUUAAUGCUUUAAGACAAAAAUCCAAAGACGUGAUAAUACUUUAACCAUAUGAACUACAAAAAUAAGCGCUACUGUUUACUUGAUGAUGUACUGCUGUUUUUAAAGAAGGAAGGAGUCCCUGUAUCUAAGCUACUGUUUUCUGCCUCUCAUAAGCACACUGGAGACUGUAACCAAAACCCCAAACUAGAGCCAUGGCAGUCUGUAAUAUAGCGGUUGAAGAGUUUUACUUCUCUUAAGAAAUGUUGCAUUUAUUUUUCUUUUAUACCAUAGUGUUGAACUUCAGCCCUUAAGGAUGUCCAGUUUGCUGCUAAUGUACUGUAGUUUCUAAAUAUAUUGUAGAAAGAUGCAUGCUCUGAUCGCUUUACCACUAGGCUUUAAUGACUACAAACUGUAAUACCUGUGAUGCUGUUGAUAAAAUGCUCCUCUGUCAUUCUGUUCAAAUGCAAUGCAGUCGAAACCAGAUGUUUAGAAACACUUUAAAAACUUAGUUUUAAAGUUUCUGAGAUUCCACCAGACUAAACUUUUUUUUCUUCAAAAUCAGAAGGUUUCAUACAUUUUCAUAGUAUCUGCCUUUAAACUGAAUUAUCUGGACCAUAUGUUUUCAGCUUCUUUCCAUAAGCUUUUCACAAUAGUUUGCUGACAUGUGGCUCCAUUCCUCCUUAUGGAACUUCUGUAACUCUGUCAGGUUUUUAGGUCACUCUGCUUACUUCCACCUUUUCAGCUCUGCCCAGAAUCUUUCAGUCCCUGAAAUCAGGGCUUUGUGGUGGCCAGUUUAAAAACACUCAUUUGUCCUUAAGCUACUUAGUAAUUAAUUUGUUUGUAUGGUUGUGGUCAUUUUCUGCUUGUGAGACCUAUUUAUGUUCAAGCUUUAACUUUGUCUUGACACGUUGUUAAAAAAGGUUCACAAAAUUUUAUUUCCUCAUAAUGCCUUCUUUUUUAAAUGUCUCUCCUGCAACAAAACAACCACAUAAAAUGACGAUGCCAUCUCAGACUUCACAGUUUUAAACGUAUUCUUAGUCUUACAAGCCUCCCCCUUUUUCCUCACAGUGUAUUUAUGGCCAUUAUAGCUAAACACUUUUAAGUGUUAGUCUUAUCAAUUAGUCUUAUCAGACCACAGAAAGUAUAUUACAUAGAUCUUGUACCCUUGAAUGAACCAGACUUCUGGAGCUCCACAAUUAUUUUCUUUAUAUCUUGAUUGGUUCCUUUAGUUUUUUCCAUGAAGCAAACAAAUUCUCUCUCAUUACUCUGGCAUUUGACAAAUCCAAGCAAUUUUUGUAAUCCCGCUGAACUUAAAGUAGCACAGAUUUAGUUUGAUUAAAUGUCAAACACUGAGAAAAAAAAGGUCAGUCAUCUUUUUCUACAACAUAUGCAAACAUCUGGUUUCAACUGUAGAUUUGUGGGGCUCAAUUCCAUCAGGUUUCUUGAUCAGUAUCGUAUAACUCAAAAGACAAAAAUAGAUUUCAUGUUAUUAGGAUUAUUUUUUUCAGGCCUCCAGUUUAAGAUAAACUUUAUUUGGGCAUUAACUUCUCAGUGAAUAUGAAGAUACUGCAUAGAUGUUUGAAGGAGUUAAGCCCCAAAACUUCCAUUUGUAUGGUGUCUUUCUGUGUUGCAAAGUCUUUGGUCAGUAAGUCCAACUCAAACAGUUUUGCUGACUCCGACUGACUUCACAGCCAAGUUUCCAAAGGAUAUGGACUGAAAAACUCUGUCAUGUUUUUGUUCUUAAACUAACCAAUGUUUACGACAAUACCAAUGAGCUUUCUUCUGUGCAGAAAUGUGCAUUCCAAAUACCACCAAGGCAGUUUUUUGUUCUAUACUGAUGAUUUCAAAUUUAAUUUUUCUCGUAUUCUCUUGAUCGUAGUGACUGUAAGAUGUACAUAUUGGAGUCCUUUGAUGAUAAAGAGACUCUGUUAACCUUGCUGUAGGUAAAACAGUUCUUUAAAUUUUGUUUCUGGAUAUGUUGUUGCCAUAGUGAUGACCAAAAAGAUACCUGUGAUGUGCACCUGUCCUUAUGUCCUGCUCCAGUGGUUUAGUGUGUCUCUAUUCUAUCCCCAUCCCAGUUUUCCUAUGUUGUUGUGUGUUUCCCUCUCCCCCCUCCAUACUCCACUGAGCUAAAUAAAGUCUGCUUUGGUGCA